GACGCUCUUCCGGAAAAAGUACUUCCGGUAUAUACAAGAGAGGGAGAAAGGAGAAACAAAAUAUUGUUUGUCUGAGUCUUGAACCAUUUUGAACGUAAUCAAGAAAGAUGGGGAAAGAGAAAGGAGGUUUUUUAACUCCAAAAGCAAUAGCCAAUCGUAUCAAAGCCAAAGGACUUCAGAAACUGCGAUGGUAUUGCCAGAUGUGUCAGAAACAGUGCCGUGAUGAGAAUGGCUUCAAGUGUCACAUGAUGUCAGAAUCCCAUCAAAGGCAGUUGCUGUUGUUUGCUGAAAACCCUGACAAAUACCUUGAUACAUUUUCAAAAGAUUUUCAGGAUGGGUACUUGGAACUAUUGCGGCGGAGAUUCGGAACCAAGCGAGUCCAUGCCAAUAUAGUGUACCAGGAAUACAUCGCAGAUCGGGAACACGUCCGCAUGAACUCCACCAUGUGGGAAACUCUCACAGAAUUUGUCAAGUGGUUGGGGAAAGAAGGCGAGUGUGUGGUGGACUACACGGAGAAGGGCUGGUUUGUCCAGUACAUUGACCGGGACCCCGAGACCAUCCGGAGGCAGGAGGCCACCAAGGCCAAGGAGAAGAUGGACAUGGAUGAUGAGGAAAGAACCGCCAAAUUUAUCAAGCAACAGAUUUCACGAGCAUCUCAGUCCGAUACAAAGUCCCACAAUCCUGAGUUCACGGAACUGAAACGAGAAGAUGAAGAAGAAAAGGUUACCUUUAGUCUGGACUCUGGAGCUAAGAAGACAGAAGACACAACGUUCAAGAAGCCCACAGGCAACCCUCUGAAGAAAGUGGACAGCAAGUCAGUGUUUGGGAAGGGGGAGAGCUCACGGCAGGAGGGGAAGAUGGAGACAGGAGCAGAGAUGAGGGGGCAGAAACGGAAAAGUGCCCUGGGUGAAAUUAUGGAGUUCGAGGAGAAGAAGAGGGAGAAGGUCAACCGGAAGGAUUACUGGCUCCAGAAGGGUAUUGUCAUCAAAAUUGUGUCCAAGAAACUAGGGGACAAGUUCUACAAGAAGAAGGCCUAUGUAAAAGAAGUGAAGGACUUGUACACCGGGAUCAUCAAGACACUGGACUCAGGCGACACCAUCAAGGUGGACCAGACACAUGUGGAGACGGUUAUACCUGCUAUAGGCAAGGAAGUGAUGGUGGUGAAUGGCGCCUACCGAGGAGAGAAGGCCACGCUAGAACACAUUGAUACCAAGGAAUUCUGUUGCACCAUAAAAAUAAACUCGGGCUUGAUAACGGGUCGUAUUGUUGAAGGCAUACAGUAUGAAGACAUCAGCAAGCUACACACAUGACCAUAGGUUCGUCUAGUUGCUCGGUCACUAGGAAAAAAACAAUGUCUUUGUUGGGUUGUACAGAGACUGUUAAUUUAGAGGUCCAGCUCUGCAGUGUUCAGGCGUCACAGAUUGGUUUACAGUGGCAGGAGUCUUGCACACCGCAGAUCUAAGCUCUCUGCGUACCCUCCAAGGGAGAAGCAUCUUGUUGCCUUGGGAUAUGGAGAAUCUGCAUACAGCAGACUUUGGAUAGAAUGGUGUACACAUUGGUCAGCUCUUCAACACAU